UGAGACGCUUGCAACAUACACAUGGGUGCUGGAAACCUUAAUGGAGGCCAUGGAUGACAAACGACCUGUGUCCGUAGUGACAGAUGGUGAUAGGGCAAUGCGUCAGGCAAUUCAAGAAGUCAUUCCGGAUUGUAGGCAUCGUCUUUGUUCGUGGCAUCUGUCGCGAAAUGCCGCGACAAAUAUCCACAAACCUGAGUUUCAAGAAGAUUUCAAGCGGUGUAUGCAAAUGGAUUGUGAAAUAGAUGAGUUCGAAAAUGCUUGGGAUCAGGUGGUGAAACAGUACAAUAUUGAGCAAAAACCUUGGGUGUUGGAGACUUAUAGCAAACGUUCUUUAUGGGCUCAGGCAUACCUUCGUGGCUAUAUGUUUGCUGGGGCUUCGAGUACACAACGGGUAGAAGGCAUGAAUGCCUAUUUCAACCAAUUUCUAAAACAGAGACUAAGGCUAUUUGAAUUUAUGGUACAUUAUGAUAGGGCUCUUGGGCGUAUUCGAAAUAGAGAGGCAAAGGCAGAGGUCCGAACAGAGAAUAGUUUUCCGGUUUUGAUUACACCACUGAAGCGUUUAGAGAAACAUGGAGCCGACAUGUUCACUCGAAAUAUUUUCUUGUUAUUUCGUGAGGAACUUGACCGAGCAGGAAAGUACAUUGUGGAGAAAACAGUUGUGAUCGAGGGGAUAGACCAUCACAAGUAUUACUUAUCUAAAUACGGGUCACCUGAGAAAACAUGGACAGUUGACUAUCAUCCAGCAGAGAAUCGAAUGAUGUGUUCUUGCUUGAAAUUUGAAUCGUUUGGCAUACCCUGCUGCCACAUGAUUUGUGUUAUGAAAUUAAACCAUCUAUUGUGUAUUCCUCAGAAUUGUGUCUUGCAGAGGUGGGCAAGGCAACAUAGGCGUAACCAUCAGGUACAUAGUCAUAGCAAAAUUGAUACCACACUAACUCAGACAGCAUGUUACGGUAUAUUAAGCUCACUUUUCAACGAAGUAUCGUAUUAUGCCUCACACGCAGACUUGGAUUUCAAAGAGGCUAGGGAAGUAGCCGUCCAGUUUCUGUGGCGGUUGAAGAAACGCUUGGCAAUGACAAAGGAGGAUAACCCCAACAGUGUUCAAGGAAAUAGGAAGACCAAGUUGUUUGGCAUUGGGGAUCCUAAUAUAGUCAAGACCAAAGGUAAUCCGGGGGGAAACUCUUCUACGGGCAAACCCAAAAGGCCAAGGAAAUGCGGAAGGUGCAGGGUUCCAGGCCACACAAAGAGAACGUGUCCAAAAUUUCCUUCAGCUAACCGAGGAGUCGGUAGUAACUCAUUCGAUAAGAAUGACUACCAACCAUCGGCGACACACUGUCCUUCGGAGGACGGCUAUCCAACUCCUCCUCCUUCCCCUUUUACACAAACAAGAUGUAAAAGGAAGUCAACAGAUCCUGCUAUGACCCAUCGUGUGAAAAGACAACUUUACACUAACCAUGAGCGUACAGAUUCAACUCCUUUGGAGUCAGGACAUGACAUCAAUAGAGCAACUGCGAGUCGUGAUGCUCAAGUGUGCCAAAAUGGUUCAUUCACAAUUAGUGAAGCUAGUAAGGAAGAUGAAGAAGGAGUUGCAACAAAUGGAGCUGUCCAGUCAAGGUUCCGAGGGAGAGGCACAUGUGGACAAGGCAGUUGAUAGUGAUGAUGGUUUUUUUAUUUUACUUGAUUUCUGCUUGUUCUAGUGUGCGAAGUUCUAGUGUCUUAUAGGUGGCAUUAUCUUGCCUUUAUGGUGUCUUAUGAGUUAUUUUAGCUUUUUUUAACUGCUUCAUUGAGUUUGGGCAUGUAGACUAGCUUAUCAAUGCUUGUUAAGUUUUUGAUUCUGCUUGGCAUAAUUGGUGAACUGGAUUUUUGUUUGACUAUAUCCUGCCUAUAUAAAAAGGAAAUCCUUGAUCG